AUGUCGCUUCACGCCGGGAGCCGCGCGGGUCAGCGCGGCCGGACAGGGCUGAGCGGGGGCGCCCCGGGGCAUCCCCCGGCGAGCAGGCUGCCCUCGCUGCUGGCCGAGACACAGCCCCGUCCGAGCGACUCUGCCACACUUACUGAGUUCGGGGAACGCGUCGGAACGCGGCGAUGUCGGGAGUUUAAGGCCUGGCAAGGAGAGCUCAACUCCUUCCUCUGGACCAUUCGCCGCGACCCCCCCGCCUAUCUCUUCGGCACCAUCCACGUGCCCUACACGCGAGUUUGGGACUUCAUCCCUGACAACUCCAAGGCCGCCUUCCACGCCAGCUCCAGCGUCUACUUCGAGCUGGACCUCACGGACCCGUACACCAUCUCUGGGCUGGCCAGCUGCCAGAUGUUGCCCCACGGAGAGAACCUGCAGGACGUGCUGCCCCGGGAGCUGUACCGCCGCCUCAAGCGCCACCUGGACUACAUCAAGCUGAUGCUGCCCCACUGGAUGACCCCGGACCAGCGAGGCAAAGGGCUCUACGCCGACUACCUCUUCAACGCCAUCGCUGGCAACUGGGAGCGCAAGAGGCCCGUCUGGGUGAUGCUCAUGGUGAACUCCUUGACAGAGACGGACAUCCGCUCCAGAGGGGUGCCAGUGCUCGAUCUCUACCUCGCCCAGGAGGCUGAGAGGAUGAAGAAGAAGACAGGAGCUGUGGAGCGGGUGGAGGAGCAGUGUCACCCGCUGAAUGGGCUCAACUUCUCCCAGGUGCUGUUUGCUCUGAACCAAACUCUGCUCCAGCAUGAAAGCCUUCGAGCAGGUAGUUUGCAGGCCCCAUAUACCACUGAAGAUCUCAUCAAGCAUUACAAUUGUGGAGACCUGAAUGCUGUGAUAUUCAACCAUGACACUUCUCAGGUCCCUAACUUCAUCAACACAACACUCCCACCCCACGAGCAGGUGACGGCUCAGGAGAUAGACAGCUACUUCAGACAGGAGCUCAUCUACAAGAGGAAUGAGAGGAUGGGGAAGAGAGUGAUGUCACUUUUAAGGGAGAACAGAGACAAGAGCUUCUUCUUUGCCUUUGGAGCAGGUCACUUCCUGGGUAACAACACUGUGAUUGAUGUACUGAGACAAGCAGGAUUUGAAGUGGAGCACACUCCUCCUGGACAACCAAUUGGAAAUUCAAGGACGACAAAGACAAGCCCAGCCUUGGAAGGAUCCUCAGUGACAGCCCUGCCCGCUGUCCCUCUUUCUGAGCAGGUCCCACUGACCUCUCCUUCCCUGAAGCCCCUGCACAUGGAUGAAGAAGACAGCCUGUCUCCUCACCUCUUGUUGCCAGACAGCAUCAGCCAGCUGGAAGAGUUUGGCAGGCAGAAGAAAUGGCACAAGAAGCAGCACAAACACCAUCGCCAGAGGCAGUUCAAUGACCUCUGGGUUCGGAUAGAAGACAGCACCACCACGUUGCCUUCCUAUAUCAGGAUAACCAAUGGCUACAUCACAGUCAAGCCUCCCAUCUGGAUUUCAAACCAGCUGGAUCAGAGACCGCGUUCCGAUCGCCCAUCCCAGCCUCAGCCCACAAGCUCAGCUGCAGCCAGUCUUUUAUGGCCAUCAAUAACAUUUCCUCUCUGCAUGACCAUAGCUUCUUUUCUCCUGAAUAUACUGCAGCCCUCCUGACCACAUCAGGAUUACGUGCAAUCCCUUGGAAUAGAGAAGAGAGAUAAUUUAUGAACGAAUUGGAGGUUAAGACAACAACAUUUACAAGCUGGACCUUCUCAGUGACUCAGUAGUGCCUUCUAGCUGAUUUUGUCUCUUUGCCCAGAUACAUUUUGAAAUUCUAAAGCUUUAUUGUAACACUGACUUACAUCUUCUUUUUGUAGAAGGAUCUUUAUUUCCCAUAGUGCUAUGGGGUUUUGUAAAAUAUACAUGUUCAUAUAAAGAAAAAAAAAGAAAAAGAAAAAAUGUAUUUAUUCGACUGGUAAACUUAUUUUUCUUGUUGUAUAUGUUAAUAACAUCCCUAUUAAUCAGUAGCGAUGGUGAAACAGAUAAAUUAAUAUUUUCUAUAUUCGUUUUCUGACAAUUCUGCAAAUGUCUGAACUGACACCAAAUGAAUGCUUUCUUUGUUUCUUUAAUCAUUACUUUUUGCAACUGUCCAAUAAGUACAUUUCUGCUGAACUUCUUUAUUUUACUGUUUUAUCUCAUUAGCAUAGCUUACACUGAAUGAAGCAGAUUCUGCUCUCUGUGGCCUAUACCCAUUAAAAAAAUAGGUGCAUUCUUAACUCUUUAGCUGCUACAACCUAAAAUACCAGUUAUUUUUCUAUGACUUAGUAAGUCAUUAGUCAAGAUAAUCCUCUACAUUCCCCUGCUUUCUUUAACUAAACUAUUUACUUUCUUUGGAAAUUAGCAAUUUCCCUCUUAGCCCUGGAAUUAAUUCAUUAGCUAACACAAAUUAAGACACCUUUCUUAAUAAAAAAUUGCUUUUCAAGUCUGGAAUAAUCCUACUGAAAUUAUUUUCUUCUCUCCCUCAUUUUAUAUCAACACAAGCCUACAACCUUUCCCAGCAUAAAUGCGAACAGAGCUUGGUCUGUCUGUAGGGUAUAAAGAUGUGGUGUCCUGUUAAUCUAUAGAACUUCCUUGUACUGAUUGUAUUAAUGCAGAUGGACAACCUGGAGGCAAAAAACAUCUACAAAUUCCCUUUCAUCUUGCUGUUAUGAGCUGAUAGAGCUGAUAUCUCUGUGCUGAAAUAAUUAUGACUUGUCCAAAAUCUGUUCAAGACCACAGGAAUCAAAUUAACCCCUGUGUUAUAGAGACACACAUUUUUACACUGUGGUACCUCUGCUGACUUGGAUGAAAAAGUUAUGACACCUUACAUUCACUGAACAAUUUACUCCCUAUCCAAGCAGCUACUGUUAAUGAAUGCAAUGAACAAUAUCUAUGGGGGAAAAAAAAUCAAGCCAUCUAAAAAACUAUUAUGUUUUAUAAGGCAUGUUGAUGUUUUUUCACCAUCAAAACAUGACGAAAAAUCCCUUUGGAUGCAAGAGUUUCAACUAGAAAAUUAGUUUGGGUUGAAAUAGCGUUUUUCUUUCUAAGUCAUCUACAAACCAAAAUAUAUGAUGAAAACAUCAUAGUUAGAAGUCUCAAAACCAGAAAUAUACAAUACAAGGGGUUUUUUUUAUGGAAAAGCAGUGCUUUUUCACCUUGGGAAAAAAAAUAAUGAUGAUGAUGAUGAUUAUAAUAACAAUAGUGAUAAAAUUCUGACUGAAAACAGUCCUGUCAGUUCCCCAGGAGCCCUAGAGCCUGGUCUCCAGGGCUGCAGAUAUUCCACGCAACCUGAAAGUCUCUGCAGCAAGAGAGAGUUCAGAAUUCAUGGUUUGCUUGUGAUCAUAUCAGUUAAUUCAAGAAAGCAGUUUAGAAAGUAACUAGACUACAAAAGUCACAUGGUUUCAUUUGAAACCAUGAUGAACUACUGAGCAUUUCCCUCACGUAUCCCAGCUCAUUGCCUUACAAAGGCCAGGGAUAAUACAGAUAACUUCUUUUUGACUUACUGGACACCACAACCCCCAGCCUUUGCUCUGUUUUUGACAGAAAGUUGUGUAGGUUUCUAGUCAAAGUGGGUACAGCAGACAGUGCUAUAAGCUUCCCCCUUUUUCUUUUCAAGCACAACAGAUGAUAAGGGUGAAUGGAAAACUUUGAGCUUUGCCCCAAAUGUGAGAUUCAAAGAGACCCUCUGCAUACUUUCAUAUUGUGUAUUUUGGCUAGCAGAAGAUUAGAAAUGUUAGUUUUGGACAGAAGCCAUUCACCUUGCAUAUUUAUUGCACAGAGAUGGAUAUUGGAAACAUAUUUUGAGAACUCUCAUUUUGGUUUUAUUUGAGCUAUUACCCUAGAAAUGCCUUCAUUUGAAUAUAAUGGUUUAACAGACCUUCAGAUUCAACCUUAAUGCAUUUAAAAUAGAUUAUUGGUUCUCCUGCUGUGUUCAAGGCAAAGAUGAAAACUGAAUUAUAAUGUUUUAUUUACACAAAUGGAACUGGAAAUAAGGUAGGCAAAUCUUAAGGCUGAUGAUAAGUUACAUAGUAAAAGGGAACAGCCAACAAACCAAAACCCACUGAAUUUUAUUUGUUGUAAUCAAAUUGAAUCCAGAAAUUAUUCUGUGGUACUAUCCCAGGAAUAAUUCCAGAUGAUGGAAAACUUACAGUAUAAAUAGACAAGACCAUAUAAAGAUAAUGGAGAGAAAAAAAGAGCAGAAAACAGAAACAACUUUUCCAAGACCAUAAGGAGAACCACCAACAGGACCAAGACUAGAAAUUACAGUUUUAUCAUUUCCCAAUCUGUGGGUUUCUCCAUAAGCCUCUGGGGCUUUUUUUUUAAUAUUAGGAACACACACACUCUCUCCACGCUCACGGCUGUCAUCAUACUGCACAGAACAGUCACUGUUGUCACCAAUGAGGCUUUCUGAGUCACUCCUCCAUUGGACAAUUCAAUAUUCAUUAGCUCAGACACCGUGGUGUGUUUGGCUGUCUCAGGAUGAUACAGCUUGGAUGUCAAAGUAUGUUUUAAUGGCUUCUCAUUUCCUGUCAUUUUGCCUGCAAUUCCAUGAAAUUAAUGAACGUUACUGGAACUCACCGAACUUCCCUUGUGCUGGUGCCCCACAUUUAUCCUACUGCAGUGCAGGUGUCAGUGCAGGGUGUCUCCUGGAUUUGGGGUCUGCACACCUAGAAGCAGUUAAGUCAUUUGAUCAUCUGAGUUUUCUCUGGUUAAGGGAGGAAGCAUGACUUGCAUUAAAUAUGAGGUUAAGUAGGUUCCUGUAGGUCUUGGCUCAGGAACCCCACGUGAAUGGCUUCAGCACAGCUCUCUAACCAAACACUUCUUUUAUUCUGAUGCCUUACCCUAAAGUACAACUUAGGGUCACUUUAUUCAAUAUGUGGCAUGUAAGCAGAGCAAUGCUGGAUAAUGAAACCCUCACUGUGGUUGAUGAAAUGGAUCGUUUACUAAUCAGCUACAACAGCUGAUUCAUAAUUAUAACUGUUUUAUUAAUUAAAACACAGUAAUACUGGUUAGCGCAGAUCUAUGCACACCCAUUGCAUUGGAUCAUGAUUAUAUUCACUGUGAGUUUAGAAGCUGUGCACCAGACUUGAUACAUGGUCCUGAAGCAACACUGAUUACCAGCUUCACAGGGCUUCAGCUUCCUCUGUGAGUUUCUCAAAAAAGACUGUUUUCUUUCUUCCAAAGGAAAGCUCAGAUUCCCAUGCAAUCACAAGAUUACAAGAGCAGGAGAUUUAACAAAAAUAUCCAUGCCCACUACAUAAAAUAGCAAACACUGGUGAUACUUUUCAGGUCUGAGAACACAAUCAAGAGUCACACAGUGUCUGGCAAUCUAGGACACGAUUUUGGAUGAGUCCAAAGCUCAGUGGUCAUAUGAUUCAUCUUUUCAACUCAGCUACAGCUGACACCAAUACAAUUCAUGUUAUAUGUAACUGUAGCAUUAUAAACAAAUGCUAAUUAUCUGCCAAGGUCUUCCCCUGGUGGAAUAAAUAUCCCAUAUCAUCAGCAACAGAUCUAACUUCCAAUCUUUCUUUGUUUUAAUGCUUUUCUUGCUUAUGUCUAACUAUGGAUGCUAUAUUAACGUGCACUGCCACUUGGAGAACCAGUUAGUAAGCUGGGACAGAAGGUAUUUUAUAUUUUAUGACUGAUGUAGUUUCUCUGCAAUCCCUUGGGCUGUUGAAUAAUGCAAUAUGUCUUCUGGCAAUAAAUGAUGAACAUGAUUUAUGAUAACUAUGCUUUAUACAGGUGUCAAAAAUCUGCUUUGUUGAACUUCCCUUCCCAUUCCUCCAAGCUCCACUGUAAUUUAGGAACACCCAAGGUACAGAGUUGUAUAUUUAUCUAAGUUCUUCAAUAUACAAUUGUGGAGAGAGAGAGAGAUGAAAGGAGGGAGAACUUAAUCUAUGUUUAGUGCAUUGAUUAGUCAAACGAUAUGACUCAGUCAUUACCAUAUACCACUGCUAGGGAGGAAUUUCCCAUCAUAUAUUUAUGUUAGAGAAACCAAAGUGCCAAAGUUAUUAUCUCAGCAUAAAUGUUAUCAUUCCAAACUUUGCUUAGUACCGUAUUUCUAUAUUAUAUCCAAAAAUUAUAUGGGCUUGUCAUAUCUCUGAAGUGAUCAAUGUUCCAUGGAGUGUGCUAGAAUUCAGCUUCAAUUUAAGCUUGUUUCAGCUUAACUGAAGCAGAAAGUUAAUUUGCCAGUGUUUGAGAUCAUAGGGGGGUGUGUGUAUGUGUGUGUAUGUUUAUGUGGAUGUGUGCAUGUUGUGUGCGUGUGUGUUUUGUCCCAACCCAAAUUCAGCCUUUCCUGUGACUAACUUUUCAGGAGGCACCUUAAUCUAGCUAAAGGCAGGGAGGACUUUCCAAUAAGUAGUAAAUACUUUUCUUCUAUGGGACUGGUUAACCAUCCUGCAGAUUCAUGCUCCCACUGAAUUUCAAAUUGCAGUUUUCAAUUCAAAUGUAUUUCAAAUAUUUUUCCUGUUCCGCCUCCUGCUUUUGUGAACUGUUUUGAAGAGUGUAA